AUGUCAUUCGAAGCUGAAUCCUCGUUGACGUUAAGUGAUAUUCCUUUGAAUAUUCAAAGGAAUAAUAAUAUACAUCAUCAUGGUAACAGUAAAUACUCGCUUGUGAAAGGUUUGAUGGGUAAGACUGUUAAGAAUGAAAGGUGUAAUUCCAAGAAGGAGGAAGAGAAUACCGCUGAACAAAGUGAUGAUGAUGAAGAUGACGAAAAUAAUAACGGUAAUAGUAGUAAUAAUCACCAUCAGCAUCACGGCAGAGGUGAGAAAUCUUAUCAGCAUCAAAACCAACUGCAUUCAGCAACUGAUUCAAGAGGUUCAUCCAGUACCGAUACCACGUCAACUGGCAGCGAUGUAGUUAAUCUUUCAAAUUCAAAACAUUCCACUCAACAGACUAAUACCAUGAAAUCAGAGAAACAAACUGCAUUAUUUAUUGGAGAUUUACCAGGUAACGUCACUGAAGAUAUGUUGCAUAAUAUAUUUAACAAGUUCAAAUCUUUCAAUUCAGUCAAGAUUUGUGUUGAUUCGAAUACCAAGAAGUCAUUAGGUUAUGGCUACUUGAACUUUGGCGAUCCCAAAGAUGCAGAAAAUGCAGUUGAUGAGUAUAAUUACAUGCCGAUCUUUGGAAGAGAAAUAAGAAUGAUGCCAUCAUUGAGAAACACUUAUUUCAGAAAGAACAUUGGUACCAAUGUGUUCUUUUCUAAUUUGCCCCUAGACAACACAAAAUUGACGACAAGAGUAUUUUAUGAUGAAUUCAAGAAGUUUGGAAAGAUAUUAUCAUGUAAAUUGGAUAGAAGAAAGAACAUUGGAUUCAUUUAUUUCGAGAAUGAUGCUGCAGCCAAGGAGGCAAUCAAACAGUACAAUGGUAAAGAAUUCUUUGAUUCUACUAUCAUGUGUGGAGUUCAUUUUGAUAGAAAUGUGAGGAAAUCACCGGAAUUUGAACAAAAGAUUAAUAGGAUCAACAAUUUAACCGUCGUCAAAGAGAAAUUAGAAAUGGAGGAUGAUAACAAUGUUACAACUGAUCCUUCUGAAAAUGGCAAGAAAGAUGUGGUGGCUGGUAAUGAUACUGACGAUGAUGAUGAUGAUAAAGCUGUUGGUAAUGCAACGAAGUCUUUGGUAGAAGAAACAAACAAAGAGAGUAAAAACACCAAAUUACCUCAUCCCAAUGCUAUAUUCGUUAAGAACUUACCAAUUAACCCGAGCCAUGAUAACUUGUUGAAUUUCUUCAGCAAGAUUGGGCCUGUUAAAUCUGUGUACACGUCAGAUGUUUCCAAAUUCGAUUCCUCUUGGGCCUUUAUCACUUAUAAAAGAAUCCAGGAUACAAAGACAGCCAUUGAGAAGCUAAACGGCUGUAAAUACAUGAAAAGAACCAUUGAAGUGAAGAAAACAGAAAGACAUCAUUUAGAAGAAAGUCAAUUUGAAAACAAUACCAGGCCAAAUAAUUACAAAAAGACUGUUUUCCUAACCAAUUUAAGCGUAAUCUGUAACGAAGAGUUCUUAAACUUCCUUUGUGGUCAAGAAAGAAUCAAGACUGAAAGGGUGGUUGUUAGAUACUACGAAGAAAAAACUGACACUUACUCUGGAUACGUUAGAUGUGCUUCAAGAAAUGAUGCUCAACGGUUGUUUGAAUUGAUGGAAAAUAAGCUAUUAGGUGAUUCUGAAGUAAAGGCUUCUUGGCAACAACCCAAGGAUGUUAAAUUAAUUGAAGUUGAGCCAUCUUAUCGUAACCAUGAUAAUAAUGGUAACACGUCGAACGAUAGAAGAAGUCGUGGUUCUAAACAUGGAUAUGUGUACAGGGCUCCUGCUCCAAACUACAGGCCACCUAAAAAUGUCCGGAAUUUCAACAAACCAAGUGGUUCCAGAGUAUCUCAGAAUCCACAGAUGAUAUACCAUCAUCCGAAUCCUUAUCACCAACUACAGCAACAGCAUUAUAUUGGGAACAUUCACCAACCUAUGGUUCCUAGAGCUGCAGCUGUUAUGGGAGACUCUAGCAUUAAUAAAGGCGUUGGAAUCGGUAUUAGUAUCGAAGAACCAUCAAGAAAAGCUUACAGUUACGAGGCUAAAAAACAAUUGAUCACCAUGUUAAAGAAGGAGACUAAGAGAUGCAUUGACUUCUUGCAGCAUCCAGUUGCCACUAGGGAUGAAAAUGUUUCUACUAUUGCUUCCUAUAUUAUGGAUGUAUACUACAAACCAAAUUAUGACACUUUGGCACAACUCUUGUUGUUAAAGACGGGCAACAAUUAUUACGAAAGAGUUUUCCAAAGCCAAGUGGAACUUGCCAUUGAAAAGCUUGGUCUACAAGAAAGAUAG